AUGUCUGAGAGCAUCGGCGCAGUCCUCGGCGUGGCCUCGGCGGUGGCCCCCUUCAUCGACCCGACGGGCAUAUCGAUUCUCAUAUUCUCGAUUGUAACGCUCAUGCUGAGCUUGGCAGAGCAUCCGCACCAGCCCGACAGCCACCGCCAGACGGCGUUCCGCAUCCAUCUGGGCCUGGACUCGUGCCCGGGUCAGAACCUCGGGGGCGAUAUUCCGGACGUGCGCGUCUGGGACGAGAGGGGCAACUUUUUGGGGCGCUUCUUGGGCGACGACGAGGACGUGCCGGCGGGCGACUUUUUCGACUUCACCAUUGACCUGGAGAAGCCUCAUCAGCCCACGUAUGCGCUCUUUUCGGCCAAUGAGAAUGACGUCUGCAUAGCCUACAUCACGCAGACGUUGGCCACGGGCGAGAGGUACUAUUCAGGUGUUGUCUUCGACGGCUAUGACGAUCUGGCCUGUACAUGGAUCUCCUUGCACCAUAUUGACGACAAGAGUGUCUCGGGGAUCCAGCUCCACAUCCAUGAGUUCAAGUACACGGAGAGUAACAACAAGUCGAUUGAUUACUUUUGCGCCGGAAACCCCACGAUGAAAUUCUACACGGAGUCUGACCCCACUGAGAUCGACCGGUGGGAAACACGCAGGCCCGAAGACCUAAACUCAACGCGGGGAAUCGUCCACGUGCCAGGACAGCCACAAGACGACCGACGCCGCAGCGUGCGCCCCAGUGACAGGAGCUGCCCACGGUCGCUGCACGCGAGCAGGCUGAUCAAGUCGCGGCGCGGACAGAGCGCGUCGAUGCUGUGCGCGGAUCCGGCGUCGCGGGGGCCCGACUUCGUCUCGUACUCGGAGGGCCUGUAUUGCAACAUGGAGACGAGGGAGGUGCUCCCGCUCUGUGACGGGGCCGCUGGGCGGGUGACGGGCUGCUUUGACGAUGGGGGCAAUAUCGUCAAGAGGAGCGAGGUCGAGAGGGGCGACGUGUUGGACGAGUUGGGGUAUGACAGGGUGGAUGAGUGGCUUUGAGUGGGAGGGCGCGCAUGUAGUGUUGAAUUUUAAAACCGUGAACCC